GUGACACCUAACUUCGUGCAUAGCGUCGCCACCUUCAUCGAAGACUUGACGAUCCUGCCGCAGCCGAGUCGGGAGCUGGCGCGAAGUUUUGUAUGCGAAUACGUGGUGCAGGCGGCCAGAUCAGUGGCCAGAGUGCAAGGACGGGGGGGACACCGAUUCACAGCCUACGAAGCACUGUUGCGCAGGGCAGAGGACAGACCAAUCGCGUUGGUGCCACAGCUCCCCGCGCUUCUUCCUCCCGCUGCCCCUCUCAACAUCCAAGCUAUUCCCCCUGCCCCGUACUAAAUGCCUCCCUUCUUCUCUUACACCACUCUCCCCUAUCAACUCACGGAGGGCCCUUAUCCUAUGCGCGAGUUCUCUUCUCGGAGUAUUUGGUGGAGCUGACUGACGUGGAGCCGCUGCCCUUCGCAGACGAAGACGCGUGGGAGUUGCACCGUGCGCUGUACAAGUCAGUGGCGUUGGGGAUGUUCCGAUUCUUCGUGGAUCAUGAAGAUCACUGCAUCGGGGAGCACUUCGUCGUCUAUUACGUCAUCACGCGGCCCAAGCCAGCGCAGAAGGAGGGGACGGUGGUGUUAUACCCAUUCGCCCAGCUCCAGACGACCGAUCCGGAAUUGUUGGAGCUCAUACAUCUUGAGCUCCUAUCCAUUGCGCAAGUGAUCGCGAGCGAGGAAGAGGAGAUCCAGCCACGAUUGCGGACGGCGGCUGCCCCGCGGGGAACGUACAACGUGGUCGUCAUCCCGGAUUACAUUGCGCAGCGCGAGGAGAGGCUGGAGGACUUCCCGGAGGAAAAGCCAUUGCGGCCUCCCUCGUCGUAUCCCAGACCGGCGCCGCCAAAGGCCCCCAAGAAGACGCCGAAGAGGAAGAAACGCCACCCGUCGCCAGGAGUGCAAGGCAACAGAAUCGGUGGCAGCGAGGAGGUGGUUCAGCCCGUGCGCACGCGGAAUCUUGACCUCGUGCCUGGGAGUGCGGCGACGCUCGUUAAGGAGACUGUCGUGCCAUCGCCGCCCUUCCCGCACAUGCCCGAUCUCAAUCUUGAUGGAGCCGGGCCAUCAGCAGCAGCAACCGGAGGAGGAAGUCGAAUGGGAUUACCGGAUCCCGUAUCCAGACCCCCCGUCCUCGCGGGACCUCUCUGCUUCCGCCAGCCACCCCGGAGUGCCCCGAUCAUUGACAUUAGCAGUUCCUCCGAGCUGGACGGUCCAUCCGACAGAGUGCGACUGGCAGGGACGCUCAUCUACGAGACCGGGCAGCGUCCCAAUGUGAUGUACCACUUCCUUGUCUUCGCGGCGCAGAAGCGGGAGCGGCGGCCUUACAUCGAGACUCAUGUGGUGAUGACGGGUCCAGGACCCCGAUCGGUGCGCAAGCGGAUGGUGUGAGCGGUGGCGGAUCUGGCGCCAUGUGUCCUGUCUCAUGUGUCGGGGGCCUUCCUCUAUCCCUCGUUCGUCCAGCACCACUUCCAUGAG